UUACCUCACCCUUUUGCACCAAACUACAACACUUUAAUACAUUCUCUCCAUACACAGCAGCCACAUUCAUAUAAACCAUCACAUUCUCAUUCUCAUUUCCAUAUUGAGUUUGUGCCAUCAUAGAUAUGGCAACCUCCAAGGUCUUAGGGGCUGCUUUCAUUCUUUUGCUCAUUGUGGACCUUGCAUUUGCUGCUAGGGUUACAGAUAGGUUAUUUGGUGGAAGAGGUGGUGGGGGUGGCGGCGGAAGCGGAGGAGGAGGUGGCGGUGGUGGUAGUCUUGGACGUGGUUCCGGGUAUGGAUCCGGGUACGGGUCGGGCGGUGGUGAAGGGUAUGGUGGAGGAUCACAAGGAGGUGGCGGCGGCGGAGGUGGUGGUCGAGGAGGUGGUGGCGGUGGAGGCGGCGGGACGGGUGGUUCGGGGUACGGGUCGGGGUAUGGUUCCGGGUACGGGUCAGGUGGUGGUGCAAAUGGAGGAGGUGGAGGAGGAGGGGGUGGCAAAGGUGGUGGAGGUGGUGGUGGUGGAGGUUCUAAUGGUUCAGGUUAUGGCUCUGGCUCUGGCUCUGGAUAUGGUGAAGGAGGUGGAAGUGGAAGUGGAGGAAGAGGUGGCGGAGGUGGUGGAGGAGGAGGUGGUGGUGGCGGCGGUGGUGGAGGUGGUAGUGGGGGUUCUGGCUAUGGUAGUGGCUCAGGGUAUGGUUCAGGAUAUGGGUCUGGUUGGGGUGGUGGAGGAAAUGGAGAGUACCCUUAAACCUAUGAAUUAAAGAGUUGGUUUUUGUUUUAGGCAUAAAUAUAGUAUAAUAGGUAGCAUUCAAUCUUCUUGUUGCCAUACAUAAUAUUACCAAAAAUAAUUUGCAGUGUGACUCUCGUACGUGGUCGUCCUGCUUCAUGCAUGCAUGCUGGUGUUAUGGUUAGGCAUAUUGGUUGCUAUACAUAUAAAAAGUAAUUACUGUGUAUCAUUGUAGAUGAUGUUAUAAAUAUCAUGACAUUAAUAAAUUCUCUUUCUCGCUUUA